GAUACUCACACUCUUAGAUGAUUCUCUUUUUUAUCUUUUGUCUCUUUCCUAAUUAGGUCAGUGCGGCUUACUCAUACAAUUUCUCAAAAAUAUCAUCACGAAAAAUUUCUGUUACCUAAAAUAUCAAACACAGAGUAUAUUUGUUAGGUAAAUAGAUCCCAAACUUUAUGAAGAAAUGUUAUAUGAUUUGAAUGUUCCAUGGCCUGUGAAUGAUUAUCAUACCAAACCUACUGAUGUGGAACUUUAUACUUUAAAAAACACCAUUGUCACCUUACAUACCUUAGGAUAUGAUCAUAUAGCGAUAAAUUUUCAAAUUACAGAAUCAGUGAAAAUACCGUUAAAUCAAACUCAUUUAAUAAAUCCGAUAGAUAUAGCUUCCUUACAGAAAUCGCUUUCGCCUCAAUUCCCGCUGAUAAAAUUAUUCAGUCGAUUAACUAUUGUCAUCUAUGAUCCUGCUAAAUUACAAGGAUUAGCCAAAUUACAAGCUCAAUUCGAUAUAUUAGCCAUUCAACCAUUAACAGAAAAGGCCUUACAAUUAAGUACUACUAAUCUUGAUAUUGAUUUGAUUUCGUUUAAUUUGGGAGCGAAAUUGCCGUUUUAUUUAAAACAUAAGACGAUUGGAAGUGCGGUUGAUAAAGGAAUUAAAUUUGAAAUAUGUUAUAAUAAUCUUAUAUCUGGAUCCAUAGGAUAUGCUAAUUCUCCAACUAAUCCGAUUGAUAAUAUUCAAUUCAUUAAAAAGAAUUUCAUUUAUAAUGUAUUACAAUUGGUAAGAUCAUCAAGAUCUAAAGGGUUGAUUAUAUCAAGUGGAGCUACCUUACCUUUACAAACUAGAAAUAGUGAAGAUAUUUUAAAUUUAUUACGAACAUUUGGAUUAGAUCAAAGUAGAUCUAAGAGUUGUGUGACUAUAAAUCCCGAAAGAGUAUUGGUGAAUGGAAGAUUAAGAAUCAAAUCAUUCAAACAGACCAUUGUGAUGGAUAAUAAUGAGAUCUCUUCAAAUUCAAUCAUUGAUAAUGAUAAAGAAGAUCCCAAAAAGAAAACUGAUUCAAAUGGUUAUAAAAAGAGAUUGGAUAGUACUUCAAGUGGUAGAUUAUUAAAAAAGCAAAGAAAAAGGUAACAAAAUGAACCGUAUGUAAGUUAUAGAUUCUUGUAAAUAUAAAAAUUUGUAUAUUAGUAAU